AUGACGGUAAGUCCGGCUAGCAGCACUCUCCGACCACUUCGCGGAGGACUGAUUUUUUUAACCUGACUAGAGCAACAUUCCUACGUCACUCAAGCACAUUAUGCAAGACGUCGGCACGGUCGUGCUUUUAUAUACUCUCUAUACCAGUUUUUGUGGAGCAAGAGAUCAAAGUUGCCUUUUUUUAAAAACGUCUGAACGAAAUUGACAACUGGGCUCAUAGUUCUAGGUAUAGGACUCGGCAUGGUAAUAUUUAAAGUUUCGAGGAGGACACAAAGCUGUUUUCUCUUAAAUGACCUUGAAUCCCCUUGAAAGGCCCACAGCUUUGCAUAAUUGGAAUUCUACAAGAGAAUCGGAGAAUAGCAGUGUUUACGUCUGAGAAUCAGGGAAAAUAUUUUUGGUGCUAAAAGUACACUUACAAAACUUGGGAAAUAUCUGUCGAAGUCCUUGAAUAUGUAUGCAGGCUUCAAGCAACUACACGUCCAGUGAAGUGAACGGGCUAUGCUCUCUGACGUAACAUUUUUGCUUCCAUUAUAGACAAAAAGGUUCAAAACUCUGGCCCUUGAUCGUCAAAUAAGAAUAUCUGAUUUGUCUAUAAAAGAUAAAGUUUCACGCAUUCACCUCAUCCAGUGUUUAGAAUAUGUACGGACAGGUAGCCGAUCUAAACAGCCGCAAAAUCACUUGACGACGGCAGAUACUGUCUCCCCUGAAUUCACCCCUUCCUUAAUUUUAUGCAGCACUUUUUUGUUUUGCCUAGUUGCAGUUCGCAAAAAGCGACGUUUAGCUGAGAAUUAUUGCUCCCACCUCUCGGUGUCGAACAAUGUUGUUGGUGGGAUGAACAGUCUCACGGAUUUUUCAUAUUCAUAUAUUAAUUCAUAUUCAUAUUAAUCCUUACUCACCUAACCCAGAGAGUAUCUAUAUAGACUUAAUUUUUUACCGUCGUUUUUGCAGGAAAGGAGACUUUUAUAAAGAUUAAUAUUUCAACUAACAGAAAGGGUAGUUACCUUCCGGAUUUCUAGAUAAGACAAAAUAUACCUCGUAAUAUGCUGCUAUAGAACGUGCUUGGAGCUGUCAUGAAAAAUCCACUAAAAUUAAGUGACCUAAGUGUUCUGAAUUCAUUUUAGCCUGCAUAUUUCGUAUCAACAACGUCUUACGACAAACGCACUCGUACCGGUCUUCUCUGGUGUGAUUACUUAGCUUUGCAUAAGAUUAAAAGCCCCCUGGGGACUACAUAGGUUAUUCAAAUAGGCAUGCUUUCCAGUAGAAAAAAAUAUGUACCUCUUUGUAUGGCAUAUCUUGCGCCUGAAAUGCAACCUAUGCACUUCAAAAUGAAGUAUAUUAGCUCAUCUUAUUGCUAGCUGGUAAACGCCAUAGUGCUUACUAGUAUGGGCUGAGUUGGCAUGUUCAGUAUGCAUAUGAAAUGAAGAGUGUAUGGAGCCAAUCUCCUCGGAAAAUAUUGCAGUAUUUUGUUUUUUUCAGGCUUUUGGCCUCCAGCGUUAUCAAUGGUACUUAUAAAGAAAAGAUUAAAUGUUUUUAUGUUUGUGAUAGAAAAAAACAGGCGUCUCCUAUUUUACUAGAGCAGCUUUAUAUGUGCUUACAUAUAUGUGCACAUAUCUUCAUGAUUAUAAAUAAGUAAAAAUUUAGCAUCACCAAAAAGACCAUCGGGCAUUCAUCAUGAAUUCUCUGCCUUAUUAAGACCUAGAUUUUCCGUUGUUGUUAUCCAACAAUGAGCCUUUUUCAGGCACCUAAGUCGGUUAAAAUCUGUUUUCUACAUUUUAGCCGAUUCUUCUAUUGUCACUGUGUAUCGUUGCUUCCCUGGGACAUGAAAACUGUAAGUUAAUAUUUUUGCAAACUAAUUAUCCUUAUUUUUUCGUCAAAAACGUCAAAAAGUCAUUGUUUCCCCAACGGGCAGUGAAAUUUGUUUGAACGAAUUGAAGUUUAUGAGACCGCAAGGAGGACGGCUAUGGCCUAUUUGUGUCGGUAAAAUCCCCACAUCGAGUAGGACAGGCCUAAUGGUUGAAGUCGGGUCGGUCUUUUGUAGGGCAUUUGAGUCAGAUGGACUGGAGACUCAGGUCUGCUUACUCAAAGAGCGGCUGUUCACUGUAUCCUUCAUAUCGGAGGAGCGGCUGACAAGGGUCGUGCAGACUGGAAGAGCAACCGCCUCAGGCUUACUUAUCACAUGUAUCGAUCCGUGGUUUGAUUGGCCAAUAGGGCCACUAACAAGACAGCAUCGGCUGCUGUCCCAGUCUAGAGGCCCCUUGUGCGUCACAUAGGGGCAUAUAGGCAUCUGGCUUUCUGGCAAAUAGUUUCAGAACGCAGCUCUAGCAUUCAAAAGAAGCAGCAAGAUUGGUGUUGGCCAAUUCCAGAAGUGGCUCAAAAAUAUAUUAUGCUACUAAUUUCUCAAAUAAAUUGGGUAAUGACUUAGAGGGAGGAAUAAGCCAUUUUAAAAUCAUACCUCAUUAGGAAAAAAAGUUGAAACAUGGGACUGGACUUUUAGAUAGAAUUUACGUUUGGAUUUUGACCGGUGAACCUAACGCCCACUGACUAGAGAAUUCCAGUUUCAGUCUCAGCUCAUAUAAAUUUGACGCUGAGUAUGUCUGACUGACGAUGGUUAAAAGUCCGAAAUCGCCAUACCAAUUUCCGUUACCCUUGUUAGUACUCCCUCCGCGUAUAUUUCGGUAGCCCUUAACAGUUCCUUCCACCGGACUAGAAAACGCAUGGUCAAGGGACACGAUGAAGUCCAUGGCUUGCCAGUUAAUCCUAUUUUUCAUAUACCGAGUACGGUGGGUAUAAGAUUUCUCCGUAGUCGAUUGUUCCCUGCCUGUACCAACAGAACAUUGUGUUGAAUAAUCUUUGCUUAUAUGUACAUUAUGGAAUGGUCGCUCACCGGUAAGGUUACUGGCCAUGUUCGUCCUGCAGGCUGUCGCAAAACGAUCAGUGAUGAUGCAGGGAAGAGUACUGACGAAGACAAGAGUGGCUGGGAUGGCAAUUUUUGACUUAUUAACCGGUAAGGAUCGGGUGAACGACUCCAAAAAAAUAAGAAAAAAAAACACACACGACCAACCAAAGGUGCCUCUCUUACGGGAAAAGGUGGUCAAAAGGGUUUUACCGUCGGGACCUAUGUAUGCAUAUAGGAAUGGCAAAAUAAGUAUAGAUAAUUGGUAAAUCCCUUUUUGGAGGGAAAAGUUUUAAUGAAUUGACAUAUAUCAACCGAAAUUAAGCAGGACAAUUAGAGAAAUGAACAUUAAGUGUCUACAACGAUCGCUUUUCAAAUCUCUGAGCUGAGGUCAUUGCAGAUAAGGCACCAGGUCGUCUAUAACAGACGAGGAAACACCAAACCAAAAUAACCCUGUCGGACUAAAACAUACUUAAGUAAAUAAAGUAGGUAUUUUUGUAUGCCACAGAUGCUUGGUUGCGUUUACCCGAUCCUUACCCAUUAGCCUUCGUCAGACAGCCAUGCCCAGCCCCAAGUGUGCGUUAUUUAGACACCAACUUGGAUUAUUUAAUAAUUGGGCGUUCAUUGUUCCAACGUUUCGCAAUCAAGCAAUUGACUCGCUGUCUGGCGAGCUGCUAUCGGGCAUAAUAACUAUCGUGAGACGGCUGUUCGCCAAUAGGGUUAUCAAACAGGCUCGCCCCUGUCGCAACCGACUGGGUAAUUAGCCAAAGCUUCGCUGUAGAGAAUUGGACCUAAUGUUCCUUGACCAUGGAGUCCGGGUUCAAAUCUCACCUUGUUUAGACCCCGAGUUACUUAUGACUGACCAUCCGAGCCGAUCUAGUCAUUGUCUGUCUUCUUCACUGUUUAUAUGUACAUUUCUACGAUUUCGCUGACUGAACGCGCCUUUUCAAACCCCCUAUAGUUGACUACGAUGCCUACGAGGAAGUGGACGAUGAUUUUGACGUCUCACCGCACCGUCGCGGUGGCGGUCAUCCGGGAGGCUGGGGCGGACAUGAACCAGAUCAUGACUACGGAAGAUCACAUUAUCCUGACGAGGAACAUCAUGAAAGGAAGAAGGAGCAUUCGCCCCUAGUACUACGUCCAGCGUCUGGCCAUGCGCACAAAUCCAUGGGCCAUCAAACACGUCCGGGAAGGCAUUCCCACCUUCGCAGCCAACGAGCUAAGGACCCCCGCUACCGGGAGGGACUGAAUGAUCUGGCUGGGCUGAUGUGA